AUGAGGUACUCCAGUGCCGUCGCAGCGAGCUUUGCUCUGUUGCCAAAUCUAGUAGUCUCGCAAGGAUACACCAAUGAGUCCGAAGUACCGCUAUACGGACUUAGCCCACCAGUAUAUCCUAGCCCUGUCGGUAAUGGAACAACCUCGUCGGGUUGGGCGUCAGCAUAUGCUCGUGCGAAAGACCUCGUGGCUCAAUUAACACUGGAAGAGAAGUCGAAUCUCACACAUGGCGUCUCUGGGCCCUGUGUAGGCCAAACGGGCGCUGUUCCCCGUCUCCAGAUUCCAGAGUUAUGCUUUGCGGAUGCUCCUGCAGGUGUGCGAGGACAGGAGUUCGUGUCAUCAUUUCCUGCUGGCAUUCAUCUUGGAGCAACCUUCGACAGGGACCUGAUGCUCAGGUACGGUCAUGCUCUUGGUAGAGAAUAUAGAGGCAAAGGGAUUCAUGUUGCUCUUGGCCCAUUCAUAGGCCCUAUUGGAAGAGUCGUGCGCGGUGGCAGGAAUUGGGAAGGUCUUGGUGCUGACCCGUACCUUGCCGGUAUUGGCGGUGCGCUUAUUACCAGAGGUACACAAAAGGAGGGCGUGAUUGCUACACCAAAGCAUUGGCUUGCGCAAGAGCAAGAGUAUAGGCGGCGCCCCGGUGACGAGGGCGAGGCAGUCUCCUCAAAUGUAGACGACCGUACACUACACGAGCUCUAUGCGUGGCCGUUCAUGGACGCCCUACGCGAAGGAGCAGGCUCGCUGAUGUGUUCAUACCAGCGUGUGAACAACUCAUACGGAUGUCAGAACAGCAAGCUUCUCAAUGGCAUCCUAAAGGAAGAAUUAGGAUUUGAGGGCUUUGUCGUAUCCGAUUGGGACGCACAACAUGCUGGUGUUGCUUCAGCGAAUGCAGGCCUUGACGUAGUGAUGCCAGUCGCUAAAUUCUGGGGCGGAAAUCUUACUGACGCUGUCAACAAUGGAUCCGUAACAACGGAGAGACUGGAUGACAUGAAUACACGACUUCUUGCAGCGUGGUUCUAUCUCAACCAGAACGAAGGGUUUCCAGAAAACGCUGUAUAUCCAUACAACGUAGAACACGAGAUUGUGGAUGUACGCGAAGACCAUGGGUCACUCAUCAGAGAAAUUGGAGCUGCCGGAACCGUGCUGGUCAAGAACUUCAACAACACCCUACCGCUUCGCAAUCCUCGUUUUCUGAACAUCUAUGGCUAUGACGCUGAAGUGAAAGCUCAGCCUUGGAACAACCCUUCCCGCUUCGGUGGCGGCUACGAAGAGAAUUUCGGUUGGAAUACACUCAACGGCACUCUGAUCACAGCAGGUGGUUCGGGCUCCAGCACACCGCCAUACGUGAUCAGUCCCUUCAAGGCUAUCCAAGACCGUAUCAUUGCAGAUCGCGGAACACUACGGUGGGACUUCUUCGGUGUAAACCCAACUGUAUACGCCAACGCCGAUGCAUGUCUCGUCUUCAUCAACGCCUACGCAUCAGAAAGCUUCGAUCGCACUUCCCUCACAGACGAGUUUAGUGAUCAGCUCGUCAACAACGUUGCUACCAACUGUUCAAACACGAUCGUUGUUAUUCACAAUGCUGGUAUCCGCACCGUAGACGCCUGGAUCGACCAUCCAAACAUCACCGCCGUUCUCUUCGCCGGCGUCCCCGGCCAGGAGAGUGGCAACGCCAUCGCCGAUGUCUUGUAUGGCGAUGUGAACCCUUCUGGUCGCCUGCCAUAUACUGUCGCUCGGAAAGAGUCUGAUUACGGCCACUUGCUGAACGGAACUGUCGAUCUCUCCAUCCCGGCUUUCUUGCAAUCGAACUUUACCGAGGGUCUGUAUAUCGAUUACCGCGCUUUCGAUGCGCAGAACAUCACACCACAGUAUGAGUUCGGUUACGGCCUUUCGUACACGACAUUUGAUUAUUCAAACAUGACAGUUGAACGCGUGGCGAACGCGAGUCUUUCUGCUUUCCCGUCAUCGUCUGUGCCGAUUGUACAAGGAGGUCAUCCAUGGCUAUGGCAAGUGUUGUACCGCGCCACAGUCACCAUUACCAACACUGGCAAGGUCGCUGGUCAUGAGGUGGCGCAGCUGUACUUGGGAGUACCCAAUGCGCCACAAAGGCAGCUGAGAGGUUUCGAACGCGUAGGUUUAUUGCAGCCUGGCGAAAGUCGAGAGGUUGAAUUUGCAUUGGACAGGCGCGAUCUGAGUGUCUGGAAUGUUACCGCGCAGUCAUGGGAGCUUCAGCGAGGCAGGUAUGCGGUUUGGGUGGGAGCAAGCAGUCGUGACAUAAGGCAAGAAGGUGAGAUUGUAGUAGAAUAG